UGCAAACCAUACUCGGCAACGCCCUGCCAUGGCCAUCACCAUCACCACCAACGGUGCCGCUGCGCCCACCCAUGCCGCGAACGGCACGGGCAACCAGGCCGGCCGCGACCACGUGCUCGUGUUCCCGUUCAUGGCCAAGGGCCACACCCUCCCACUGCUUCACUUCGCCACGGCGCUCACCGAGCACCAAAAGAACCUCCGCAUCACCGUGGUCAUCACGCCCGCCAACCUCGCCUUCGCCCGCAGCCGCCUCCCGGCGUCGGUCCGGCUCGUCGUUCUCCCGUUCCCGUCGCUGCCGCCGCUGCCAUCAAGCGUGGAGUCCACGGACACCCUGCCUGGCCCGGACCUGUACCCGACGUUCCUGCGCGCCACGGCGCUCCUGCGGGAGCCCUUCGCGGAGUUCAUGGCGUCGCUCCCGGCCCCGCCACUCGUGCUCGUCUCCGACUUCUUCCUCGGGUUCACGCACCGCGUGGCGGCCGACGCCGGCGUCCGCCGCAUCGUGUUCCACGGCAUGUCCUGCUUCUCGAUGGCCGCCUGCAAAUCGCUCAUCACGAGCCCCCCGCCGUCCGGCGCCAGUUUCCACUUGUCCCGUAUGCCGGAACACGUAAGGAUCACGGCGGCGGAUGUCCCGGACACGAUCGCCAAGAUCGGCGACGCCGAGGACCCAGUGACUCGGUUCCUUAUCGAUGACAUCGGCGAGUCCGACAUGCGCAGCUGGGGCGUCCUGGUCAACAGCUUCGCCAUGUUGGACGAGGACUACGUAUCGGCCUUCAUCUCGUUCUACCAGCCGGACGUGCGAGCCUGGCUGGUAGGCCCUCUGUUUCUCGCCGCCGGCGACGUGCCGGAGCGCGUAGGGGAGCAGGACCCCGAGGGGUGCCUCGCCUGGCUCGACGAGAUGGCGGAGCGGUCGGAGUCGGUGAUCUACGUGUCGUUCGGCACGCAGGCCCAUGUCUCCGACGAGCAGCUCGACGAGCUGACGCGCGGGCUGGUGCAGUCCGGCCACCCCUUCCUCUGGGCCGUCCGAUCCGGCACGUGGUCACCGCCGGUGGACGUGGGGCCGCACGGAAGGAUCGUCCGCGGGUGGAUCCCACAGAGGAGCGUGCUAGCUCACCCCACGGUGGGAGGGUUCGUGAGCCACUGCGGGUGGAACUCGGUGAUGGAGAGCCUGGCAGCGGGGAAGCCCGUUCUGGCGUGGCCACAGAUUGCCGAGCAGCACCUGAACGCGCACCACGUCACGCACAUCAUCGGCGCCGGGGUCAGGAUAACGACCGCCGGGGGCGUGGCGGGCAGGGCGGAGGUGGAGCGCAUGGUAAGGAGGCUGAUGGACGCCGGCGACGCGGACGGGCAGAAAAUACGAGCGAAGGCGGCCUGGGCUCAGAAGACGGCGAAGUCAGCGGUGAGCGACGGUGGCACCUCACGUGUCGCGUUGCUGAAGUUGGUGGAAGAGCUGCAGGGGACCUACUGUGACGUCAUCAGGGAUCACUCCUAAUCAAAUCCAUCGGCCGCGACGGGACGAUACGGACGCGCAUCCAGAAAUAAGGAUGGCAGUCACUCCCGGACGCUCUCAGAGUUUAGUCGAUUCUGGCCGUCCAUCUCGUUUGCUUGAUGCAUUUUCAGCCGUCGGAUCGAGAGCUGGGAGGAGCUCGGCCGUCGGAUCGAGCCAGUGCGACUGUAGGAAUGAAUAGUCACCGUCUCGCGGUAAAUAUCUGCUGCCACCGCGUAAUUCCAGCGCCCCGCCGAGGGUAUUUUGGGUAUUUCGCAUCGUGGGUAUGUGCGUGUCGAUGGGUGGGUAGGCGCUUCCCGUCGGGCUUCUCUCCUUCCGGGUCCUCACUUCCCCGAUUCAGUGAAACCCUAGUCACCACUCCCCGUCGGGCUUCUCUCCUCCACUCCCCAUCGCGCCCCUCUCUUCCAAUCCCCGUAGCCGACAAUGAGAUCUUGCCCUUCGCCGAGCUUGCCACCACCGCUGCUCUCCCCUCGCCAUCGCCGGGAGGAGUGUGCAAGCCGCCGCUCGCGUCGUUUCUCCGCAGCCGCCACCGCCCCUUUCCCUUCCAAACCCGCGGAGAUGACGGCGCCGGUGCCGGCGCUCGCGGUGGUCGGGUACUGGGCUGCCCGGCAGCCGCGGGGCCAGGACGCUCUACGUCGCCAGGGACCUCAAGCUGUCGACGACGGGGACUGAGUCGCCGCCGCCGCAUCAUCUUCUCCUCCUCCCCAACACCGAUGAGUGCGGGUCGCCGUCGCACCAGAUGAGAUGGGGCUGCAACCACGCCCCGUUCACCUCUUCUACCUAGCUGUGCCACUUGGGACGACAAGAUCCAGACGCGGCGGCCGAGAUCCAGCUGGCUGCCAUCGAUAUGAGGAGCGCUCGCGCCGCUGCUCCGUCGUUCGUCGUCCACUUGGCCGCAACCAUCCACAAGAAGAGGUGAUGUCACGGCAGCAGGGUCCUUGCCUGUCUCCGGUCCCUCGACUCCCCCUUCUGCUGGCAAGGGUGUUGAGCAACAACAUUUCCAUCUCCCUCCCCAACGCAUCAUUGCCUCAUCUUGAUCUGCAAUGAACCAGAGCCCAGAGAAAGAGAUUUGAUGUGAUGAUUGAGGUAGAAGGCAUGGAUUGUUUGGGGCUCCUCUGAAAUAAGCUUCUUAAUUAAGAGACGAAUUCAGUCGGAGCCUGGGAUUUUUAUACACAGAGAUGGUGCAUAAAUAAGCAAAACAAAAAUUGUGCCAAUGCUUUGCCAGAAUUUCGUUUCUCCUCUCAAAAUUGUGGCGAAACCAAGAUUGAAUUUAGGGAUGUUUCAUAUGCUUGGCCGUUGACACACUUCUCUUCAAGGCAAGGUCAUUUCCAAGGUGAUUACAGCGGUAGGACCUGCCCCUGAUAAGAACCAGGGUACCCGUUUAAACAGAAUGAUGACUGCGUGAGGCUUAAAAUAUCGCCAUCAUAUCAGGGGUGAUGCUAUCACUUCCAUGGUCCACCAGAAUGAAGAUCGCACUCAGUGCUGCAAGGGGGCUUGCCUUCCUGCACGAAGCUGAGAAGCCGCGAGUGCUUGAUGCGGCACUCCCGUCGUAACUCGUCCUUUUGUGUCUGCUGCAGGUUGCUCGCUUUGAGGCUGAUGAUGGUGUGCUGUUUUCUUUGGCGGUCCGGCCAGCUAAGCCCAUCCUGGAGGCCGACAUGCCCUCUCCGGCUGAAAUCCCCUCGCCCUGGCUCCGCUCGCUACAUGGCGCUGAACAUUCAACCAAGGAGGGGUGGUGCCUCUUCUCCUGCCUGCACAUACCAUCCCCAACACCAACAUCGGAUGACUCGAAGGUUUGUGGAUAGAAUGUGAGAUAUUUCAAUUAAGGUUCUGAAGAAAGAUCCCAAAUAAUACAGUGUCCCCCCCUUUGAAAAAUGGCAUGGUGGAUUUGAUACCUCAAUGGUCUUGCACUAGCCAUAGACAGCUUUGCGUUUGUGCCUUGGUUCAGGACAUAUACUCUGCAUGGGAAGUUUCCUACUUGCUAUGAGCUUCAGACGCAUCGGCCGCUGCUAGGUGUGUCGGAUGCCCUGGAGAUGGUCAGAGCUGUGGUGCCUGCAAUUCCGGCUUCAUCUCCACACCUACAGGUUUUUGAUAAUUUGCUCCUUGGGAGGUCAGUUUCCUUCAAGUACAGCUAAAUCAAAGAGACACCGACUUAUUUUAGUGCUUGAGAUUUUGAUUGCCAAUCUGCAACAAUGCCCAUGCCCUUUGGUAUUGCACUGAUAAUUUGCCCCUUGGGAGAUGGUUUCUGUCUUAAGUGUCUACAACAAAAGGGAUAAGCAGCACCGCAUCUGAGUACCAAAGCCAUCCAUGCCAUUCUGUAUUCCUCUCAUCAUACACUUGAUCAUAAAAAUCAGCUUAUUUUAUUGUGGCCCUACCAUUUAAGAUAUCAAACUACUGUUAUUACAAUUGGUCUUGAAAUUCCAUUAAACUGUUACUACAUUAUUUGCCACUGUUGUAUGAUUUAUUUAUCUAGAGGAACUUCUUUUAUUUGUGGGAAAAUAUAAGUAUCCUAUUAGUCUGCUGAGAUUUCCAAUGCGAUUCCUUACUAAUCCUACAAGUCGUGUUCUCGAUAUUAAGUUGACGUUACCUUUCCGAGACAUGUGUUUUCCAAUGAGAAUCUUUACUAAUCAUACAAGUCAUGUUCUAGAUGUUAAGUUGAGGUUAUCUUUCAAGUUAUGUAAACCUGAAAGUGGAAGCAUAAUGUACUACGUGAUUCGAUUGACCAACACUGAACUUUUUACAUGUUUUCUUGUGUUGAUUCAGUCCCAUCUUUUUACAUUAUCUUCCACUUUCAGCUGAUAUAUCUAAAAGCUCUAAUGAAUAUGUAAUAGCUAGCAGGGAAUAACUAAAGUCUUUGCAAUUUUUUACAUGUUGUCGUGCAUCGAUUCAGCCCAAUUGUGCCAUCAAAAUGACUGAUUCCGCCGCUGUCAUAAGCCCGAGGUUCUAAUCCUAGAUACUAAGUCAGACCAACUCUGUUUAGCUCUUGAGAUUAUUUUCUAGCUUUUGAAUAAUAAUCUGCAAAUAGUACUUAUGCUUCUUACAUUCCUUCCGGCUCUAAAAUACACAUAUGCUUUUCUCUUUUUUGUAAUUACUACUAAACUAUGUGUGUUGAACAAAGCAUGUCGCCUUAUUUUAGAUAAAUGAUGAUGUAGUUAUGGACGCCUUCUCAAUGCUACAUGUGUAGUUCCCAAAUUGGACAAUAUCUUUCUGCAAAGAUCUUCAAGUAUGGCAUUUGCUUCAUUCUCUCACAUCUGCUAUUUAAUGUUCCUCUCUUGGUUUCUAAUCAAUCUGUGUAGAUACAACUUUCUUAGGUUUUUGUGCAACAACAGAAUUAACAGUUGGUUGCUCUGUUUACCUUUGAUGUCGGUAUCAUCUAUAAAUGUCACUCCCCUAGCUAUUAUCAUUGUGUGUUACAACAACCUACAUGGCCUGAAUUUGAUGUUGUGGUUGUUUGCAGUAGCUUGCCCAUGAUUCAUGGUCUCAUUGCCUUCAUUUAUUUGUGUUUUUUGUGCUGUCAUGCAGAUCACGAGUUGCAAGUAUGUGUGUGCUAUUCAAUCUAUUUACUGAGACAAGAGGCGUUUAUUUAUGUCCAGAUUUCUGUUGGAGAUUAUGGUACAUAGAAGAUCUCAUAUUAGAGAAGAGAAAAUUCAGUAUAUCUGUCGAUCUGGACAGUAUGUAUAUAUUUUUGGCACCUUUAUCCUUUAGAGCAAAGCCCAGUUCUAUGUUGAUCUUUCUUGAAUCUUUUGUUUUGUUGAUUUGAAUUAUUUAAGUGUGAAUUUUUUUUGUACAAUUCCUUGAUUAUAUGUCAGUGUCAAGGCAUCUUUUGACUAUUUGAAUUAAUUUCCCAUUGUAUAUUUGACGUAUAUCUUGGAAGGAUGUGGAAGAACUUAUUAUUAUGAUGUUGUACUAAACUUUGAA